AUGAGGGGCACUGGCGACGAGCUGAUGCGCCCAGUCACGUCGAAUAACGAAUGGGCUUUCAAGAGGGGCGUCGAGAACAAGGGCAGAGGCGACAAGGGCAGCGUUCAGAAGCGGAAGGAAUCGUUCCUGCGGUCUGGGAUGCUGCCCACGCGAGGUGGGCCCUUCCUCUGCGAGCGCGAAGAUCCCACGAGGACAGAGGAGUACACGGUUGGAAACUGGGUUACUUUCUUGGAGGGUUGCGAGUGCGUGUUCCAGGAGAGCCCGGACCACCCGCACAUGAUAAAGAUGAUCAAGGAGGGCGUCGCCCAUGCAAGGGUGUAUGUUCGGCGAACUCCAGCGUAUGCAAGGAGCUUCAUUGCCGAGCUGGGCAGCGCAGAGGCUGACGUGGUGACCCUCACCACCCCGAUCGAGAUGUGGCAGUGCACCGAUCGCACCGUCGCCAGCUUCGAGGCGCACAAGGAGAAGCACAAUAUCACUGUCAAGUCGAUGGGUACGCAGAGCCUCUACGAGGACGAGCACUUCAAGAUCGCGAACACUGUCUACCCUGGACGAUGGGGGACAUCCAAGAACUACUGCAUCAGGUGCGCUGCGUUCCGUAGGGAUGCGCAGAAGAUCGAGAUCACGUCGGGGCCGUGCAAGGGCGACUCGCUGUGGGGGGCGAUCGAGAAGGCGUUCCUGGAGCUCGGCGACUUCGCCAACAUGGGCCCGAAGCUGGUGAAGAAUGUCGUCCUGUCUGCCGAUGCCCUGGUCAAGGUCUUGAAGGACGUCCCUAGGGGGCCAGAGACUAUCGUCGACAUCCUCCUGAUGAUGAUCCCCACCUCGGAUGUGCUCGGCAAGAGCCCCCUCCUCCCGAAUGGAGCGGGCCUCCUUGACAUGACCCUGACCGACCAGCACGUUCGAGAGUUGCUCAAGACGAUGGAGAUCGCAGCAGUUUUCGAGAAGCUGAAGGAUGGCAGCAAACUGACCAAACAGAAACAGACUGCGCUGCUCAAGAAGCAGGCCAAAGCCGACAUGAAUGAGGAGAAAAAGACGGAGAGGAAACUGGCCAAGGAGGCCGCCGACGCUGCCAAAGCGAAACCGACUUCUCGCGCCAAGGGCAAGCCAGACACCAAGAAGGCCUUUGAGGACAAGAUCGCGCAGAAGAUGCAGGCCAAUGCCAAGCGGGGCGCGUUGUCAUCUUCGUUGGCAACCCCCAUCGAGGGCGAGAUCGCGACCAAGGGGGACAAGACGCGGCUCGAGUUCAUUUACGAGACUGAGGCGUGCCUGGCUUGGCUGGGCCAGCGCCAGGCCUUCAAUGCCAGGUCCCUGAAGCUCGCCACGCUCGAGGCAUGCUUCACGGGGAGCUGCGCUGUCAUGAUCAAUGCGCCUGCCGACCGCGCAGCCACCGUCGAUGAGUUCGUUGGUCUCAUCCGAGCUUCGGAGACCGCGGAGACCGUCGCAGCCAUGAAGAGUUUCUUCAAGCACCACAACACCAGCGCGCCGAUCUCGACGCAAUGCCUCCCCGCUCGCCUGGCCGACGAGGCGCUGAUGAAGCUGAUGGAGUUCUCGAACAGCUCUGCCGGCAUGGGCGAGCCCGAAAAGGGGAAGCAUAUCGCAGUGUUUGCUGCCACUGGCGCUGCGGAGUCGGUCGUCGCGGAAGUCCCCAUCGAGUGGGGAGGCGCGGUGAAAGCUUUGGAGUCGGCAAAUCAGAACGGGCUCAUCGAGAUGUUGCCCCGCGACGUCGCGGACUCGAUCGCAGAGAUCGUCGAUGUGAACACGAGCCUUUUGAGGGCCAUGCGGUCCCAGCUCUUCUUCCACAUCCUCAAGAGCAUCGGUCCCAUGACCUACGUCUCUGUGCCGCCUCCUGCUGCUCAGAAGGCUGCGAAGUCGGUGAGGUUACCUUGCCUGCCGAUGCACUGCCAGAGGGUAGUCCAGGAGCUUUUGGAGUCCUACCACAUCGUUAUCUUCGGCAAGGCAUCGGGUAAAUGGAUGUCGGAGCUUGUCGACGUGGAUGCGUUUAUUUGCGCCAGUGGAGGGCAAUCUUUCUUGGGGAGGAAGACGGCGUUCCUCGACAAGAUAAAGAGGGCCUCAGCCGAAGCGCUGAAGCGCCAGCUGGCGAGCGAGGGCAUCAAGUUCAAGACGACCAUCACCCGACAGAUCGAGCUCUUCCAGUCCAAUCGCGAAGCCGUUGUGAAGGAGAUCGUGGCCGCGUACGACCAGAUUCACCAGGCCGAGGCAGAGGCGGCCCUCCUCUACGCGAAGACAUCGGAGAUCGUGAUCCAGCGACUUUCGGAGAAGCAUGGGGGGCCACCUCCAGUCAGGGCCUCAGUGACGGCCGAGAGUAAGAAGGACGGCGACGGCGUCGCGGUGACCGAGGUGAAUAACCCAGUGCUGACCACAGUCGGCAACUGGUGGAGGGCCCUGCUGAUGCAGGAGGGGGCCGAGCAGCAUAUGAUUCUCAAGGGCGUCGCGGCAUCGGCGCAGAUCUCGGGGGUGAUGAUGCACCACGUGGCCGCCUACGGCACCAGCCAAUAUGUCAGCGGCCUCUGCGUCAAGCACUGCGAUCCUCGCGAGGCGGCUACGCCGAACAAGAAGAUCAAGCUAGAGGUGCGCCGGGUGGAGAUGGCCAACAGGAGCGACAAGAAGGACGUCAACCUCCCUCUCUGGGGCAGGGUGAUCUGCCAGGGCGAAGCCGUGUCGCUCAACAAGGCCAUGUGCUUGCCGAUCGGCGACAACAAUGGAGCUGGCCCGAAGCUUUACAUCGAGGGCCUUGCCAACAACCUGCGGCGGAGCGACGGGUGCCUCGCUGAGCAGGCCGACGAAGGCAAACCCACCACCGAGAAGAGCGUCGUCAAGACGGAAGCAGGGGCCACCCACAUCAUCGACUACAUGGACUUGCAGUGGGCGGUGGCCGACCAGACGUACACGUACACCUUGCCCUACCUGAAGGACAACCCCGACCACUCGGAGUUCUUCGGGAAGUGCUACAGGGCCACCUCGCCGUGGGACUUGGGCGAAGUGGUCAAGAGGGAGGGCACGUCGAAGGACGUCAAGACCUUCCUGAGCAGCUAA